GGCGAGGCUGCCGCUGCGGCUGAGAGUCGGGCGGGGAGGUGUCGUUGCCGCCGGCGUCAUGGGCAAUUGCCACACGGUGGGGCCCAACGAGGCGCUGGUGGUGUCAGGUGGCUGCUGUGGCUCUGAUCUAAAGCAGUAUGUGUUCGGAGGCUGGGCCUGGGCUUGGUGGUGCAUUUCUGACACACAAAGGAUUUCCCUAGAGAUAAUGACGUUACAGCCCAGGUGCGAGGACGUAGAGACGGCGGAGGGGGUAGCUUUAACUGUCACAGGUGUGGCACAGGUGAAAAUAAUGACCGAGAGAGAGCUUCUGGCUGUGGCCUGUGAGCAGUUCUUGGGGAAGAACGUCCAAGACAUUAAGAACGUGGUCCUUCAAACGCUGGAGGGGCAUCUGCGAUCCAUCCUAGGCACCCUGACAGUGGAGCAGAUCUAUCAGGACCGGGAUCAGUUUGCCAAACUGGUGCGGGAGGUGGCAGCUCCAGAUGUGGGCCGCAUGGGCAUCGAGAUCCUGAGCUUUACCAUCAAGGAUGUGUACGAUAAGGUGGAAUAUCUGAGCUCUCUGGGGAAGACUCAGACAGCCGUUGUUCAGAGAGAUGCCGACAUUGGCGUGGCAGAGGCUGAGCGAGACGCUGGCAUUCGGGAGUCGGAGUGCAAGAGGGAAAUGCUGGACAUCAAGUUCAUGUCAGACACUAAAACGGCCGAUUCCAAACGGGCCUUUGAGAUGCAGAAAGCCGCCUUCAGCCAGGAGAUUAACAUUAAGACUGCCGAGGCCCAGCUGGCCUACGAGCUGCAGGGUGCCCGGGAGCAGCAGAAGAUCCGCCAGGAGGAGAUCGAGAUCGAGGUGGUGCAGCGCAGGAAGCAGAUUGACGUUGAGGAGAAAGAGAUCAUCCGGAUGGACAAGGAGCUGACCGCCACCAUCAAGCGUCCGGCAGAGGCCGAGGCGCACCGCAUGCAGCAGAUCGCCGAGGGCGAGAAGGUGAAGCAGGUUCUCAUUGCGCAGGCCGAAGCAGAGAAGAUCCGCAAGAUUGGCGAGGCAGAGGCCUCUGUCAUCGAAGCCAUCGGGAAAGCAGACGCAGAGAAAAUGAAGCUGAAGGCAGAGGCUUACCAGCAGUACGGCGACGCGGCCAAGAUGGCUCUGGUGCUGGAUGCUCUGCCCCAGAUCGCUGCCAAGGUGGCCGCUCCGCUGGCUAAAGUGGACGAGAUUGUUAUUCUUAGCGGGGACAAUAACAAGGUGACGUCCGAGCUGAGCCGUCUGCUGGCUGAGAUCCCUGCGUCUGUGCAUGCCCUCACUGGCGUCGAUCUGUCCAAGAUCCCCCUGAUCCAGAAAGCCACGGGAGCCCAGGCAUGAGGCUGGCCAGUCCAAAGCUAGUGAAGACAACCCCCUGUUAUGCACUCUUACAUCAACUGCCUUUAACACUUGGGAAAUCCUUUUAUAUCAAAGACAAUUGGAAGUUCAUUUUUAAGCUCUGGUGCCUUAUUUUGUAGGACCAGAAUGAUGCAUGUUAAAUUGGUCUUUUUUUCUUAACGGGAAUUUAUUUUGUAAGUUUAAUUGUGUGUUGUAUUAGUCUGGAGUGUCGAUUUGAAUCCUCGGUUAUAAUUGGCAGCUUGUCUGGUCUUGCAAUCUUGGUGCCUUGAAGUUCUCUGUCCUCUGUUUGGAGCUCAGGGGCAGAGAGGCCGAGAGGGGUGAGCUGGAAGCCCGGGGGCUCAGGGAGCAUCCACUGGGGCAGUGAGGAGCGUAGAUGGAGGGGCUUGCAAACUUCUUCCUUAGGGCAGAAGCCUGUUUCUGCAGCGCUCCCAGUGCUUGGAGCUGCUGGAAGAGAACCCUGAGCAGGACGUCCUCUUGUCUGCCCGAGUUACAAAUGUGAUCUAGCGAGUCCCACGUCCUUGCACUCACAACUGCUUUUUUGGUCACCCGCUGGCUGGCCUCCCCUGUACACUACCCCCAGGGCACGCAGAGUAUAGCAAGACUGCACUGAGCCAAGCCCCAGGACCACGCUGAAUUCUGAAGGGCCCAGUCUAGGCUGGGGGUUGAGAGAGGAGCCCACCCUCCGACGACUUAGCCAAUGCAUGAGUCCUGUCAGCCUGCCGAGAUCUGCCCAGCCUGUUGCCAUGCCAUGCUGCAGCCCGGGGGCCACGGUUCCUCUACUGCUUGAUUCAGUCUCAGAAUGUAGCUGCUGAGGGGGCUACAGUGACGUUCCCUCGGCAGAUCUCCGCUCAGGGCCUGCCAGAGCCCUGGGGCCAAGUUCGGGAUGAGCACUGCCCUGGGAGCGCCCCUUUCUCUCCUGGCUGUUGGCUGCGGCGCACAGUGGCGUGGCUAGUACAGGUGCUCUGGAGACAGGCUCUCUGGGGUGUGUCCAGCAGCUGCCUGCCCCAGUGAGGAAACUGCUUGCAGCCCCACCAGAUUGAGUCUGUCAGUCAGCAGCAUGAAGCCAGCCUCCUGUCCCAGGUGCGUUGCAGACCCGGCCCUGACACUGGGAGAAGAAACUGCUCCUGGGGAAGCCAGCUGCCGUUAUGGAAGGGCCACGGGAGUCAUGGCUCUGUUGGCUCCCUUUUGUACACACAGCCUCCCAACGGCUUCUCUCGGCAGCGUUACCAGCCCUGCUAGUGCUCGGCCAGCAAGGCCCAGCCCAGGCAGUGUAGCCUCUUGGCUUCCUUCGUCUGGGCCGCUGCGGUGCAGCCUGCAGAGGCGUUGGGUUGCGGAAUGCUUGAUCUGGCUGGAGCUGUGCAUGCUGAGGCUGGGGAGUAGCCAGGGUGCCAGUGUCCCCCUGCCCCUGACAGUGCAGUUGUUAAAAUGCCAAGCUGCUCUCCGUUAGUGCGCCCACUGGUGGCGGUGCAACAGGGACUGGCAGCGUGGCACAGCCAGGGAGCCCAAGGAGGGAUCUGGGUGUGGUGUAAUCCCUCGCCCAGGUGGGGGGUCCCGGGGCUGUAAUCCAAAUGCCGCCUGAUUGUUGUUUGUUUAAUUUUUUUGAACACGUGGCCCAGAGUCCUAACUCCAUCUCCCGCGCUCUCCCUGCCACUCCCCCCAGUGUGAGGUGCCACCCGCGUCCAUAGCUGUUGUCAUCCUGGGCUGUGUAGCAAUGUGAAAUGAGGCUGUGUAGCAGCCUUUCCUGUCCCUCGGUGUGACUGAUCCCGCUGCUGUAGGUGCCAAGCUGUGCCAGCGGGCACUCUGCUGCUGCCAAAGUAUCUUCUCCUGCCAGUGGUAGCCAAGGCUUUCCUCUUUGUGUCUGUUGCGGUGCCCUCUCCUCUUCCCCUGGCGGUUUGUCCAGCUCAGGGUGGGCACAGUGGUGUGUGGGUCGAUCCCCCAGCAGGAGGGCCUCACGCCAGGGCUCCCGGUACUGUUUGACCUACCUCGGGCUUGUCUUGGUUGUUUUACAGACUGCUUUCUGCGCUCAAGGGGGGUGCAGUAGUGCCCAGUGCGUAUUGAGUGCUGUGUGAAAUCCCUCCAGGGCCCUGCUGGAACCCAGGGGCAGGGCUGAGGCCAGAGCCUGUGCGGGACAGUGUGCUGGGCUGAGCACCAAGUGUUUGUGGUUGCAGUGAGUGUUCACUCGCUGGUCGGUUAUAGGGACCAUCACAAGGAAGCUUCACAGGCCCGGGGGGGGGGGGGGGUGGAUUAAACCAAGAGGGAAGCUAUGCCUGGCAGUAGGCCUUGAAAAUGCUCUGACGUCCAGUCUCUCACUUUACCGGGUUAGCAAGGACACGGGCACCGUGGCCGGCGGGCAAAGGUGCCAAGCCCAUCAGCAUAACAAUAAAGCUGCCGUUGGUGGUGAACUGGGGGGCCCAAGACCUAAUGCCCACAGGGCCGGUGCCCGUUCUCCCCCUGCCCUCAGUCCUCACCCACAGCCCCCGGCUGUUCUGCUCCUAGGGCCUGCAGUGUGAAUCCUACGCUGAAGUACAGUGCCUGGUUUUGGGACAGCCCCUGGCACAUGGGCACCAGUUUCUUUCCUUGCCAAAGUCAGACUCCCCAGGUCUGCAGAGGAGAAAGUCUGCUGCUCCCUGCACCCUGUUACAUUUCUUCCUCCUCCUGCUCCAGCUGUCUUGUACGUCCUGUGGAAGGCCCUCCCUGCAGAGCAAACCUGGUGCUUUGAUGGCGAAUGUGCCCUGGUUUCCCACCACCUGUUUCCUUCCUCAACACUGCUCUGGCUGUGGGGCGGCUGGUGAAAACCUGUCCGAGCUGUGUGUGCUCUGGCAGGCUGCUCCCCACCUCCCCGCAGCUGGGAGGGCGCCUCCCUCUUUGGGAGCUGAGCGGGGAGUUCCAGGAUGUGAUGGGAGUGUAAUGUAGAGCUGAAACUGGGUCUGGCAGGAUUUCGGAGGGGAAACACGCCGAGUGAAGGAAUCUCUGGCCUCCUGGGGCUUCUCUCAGGGCUGACACUAGCUCUGCGUCCAGCGGGGAGGAGGAGCUGGCUGGACAACAGGAGGGGAAGGGAUGGUUUUAUCUGCUGGCUUGCACAUAGGCCCCAGACACACUACUCUGUAUAUCUGGAACUAGCUUAUUGCAGUGGGAGGCCAGGAGCUGACUGUUCUGUAAAGGCUGUUCAUAUCUGCAUGUAAAUUGUGCAUGACCGUGCGGCACAGCUGUGCAUGCCAUCGUUCUGCUGACAUGUUACAUACUGUAUAAUAAAGAGGCAGCAUGACCAUGCUGCACUGGCUGUUA